AUGACUCUGCCAUCUGCAUACCAAAUUCAGUGUAUUCCCGCUAGAGUUAAUUUGUCUAGUAGUUCAUCCACUUCAUCCGAGCUGUACAGUAGGGGAAAGGUUACUCCAUCUUGUGGAUUUCCUUGUGUUUCGAUAGAAGGCGCAUUAGGGUUUCUCAGUACAGGAGAUGGAAUAGUGCCAGGAAAUAAUGGCCUUAAAGAUCAAAACUUAGCUUUGAAAUGGAUACAAAGAAACAUCAAGGCCUUUGGGGGUAACCCGGAUAGUGUCACUAUUUUUGGAGAAUCUGCCGGUGGGUCCAGCGUGCAUUAUCAUAUGGUAUCACCUAUGAGCCGAGGUUUGUUUCAUCGAGUCAUAGCUAUGAGUGGAACAGCUCUUUGCGUGUGGGCUUCGGCACCCAAAAAUGAAAAUAUUGAGCACUCUAAACAACUUGCAAAGUCUCUGGAUUGUCCAACUGAUAAUUCCAAAAACAUGGUAGAGUGUUUACGAAAGGCUGAUGCAAUGGAUAUUAUUAAAAAGGAUACGAUAUUUAUGAAAUGGGAUUUUGAUCCCAUGAUACCAUUUAAGCCCACUGUAGAGCCUGACGUUGAAGGUGCCUUCUUAACGGAACAUCCAGUUGAGGCAGUUAAAAAGGGAAAGAGUGCACCGGUACCUAUGAUAGUGGGAAUAACUAAAAACGAUGGAGCUCUCAGAGCUGCAGGUUUGAUACGUAAUGAUCAACUUUUGGAAGAACUAAAUAAAGAAUUUGACAAAAUUGUUCCCGUAAGCUUGAUAUACGAAAAGACUGCUCAUAAUGUCAGCCUCAUUACAAAAGAAAUAAAGAAAUUUUAUUUUAAAAAUGAAAAAAUCGAUUGGUCUAAGAGAAAUGAAUUGGUAGAUAUGUAUACUGAUGGCUGGUUCCUCAACUGUGCGGACGAAACCGUGCAACUACAUAGAAAAUUCACUAAGGACCCUGUAUAUUAUUAUAUGUUCAGUCAUAGAGGAGUUGCUAGUUUCAGUAAAAUCUUUGGCGGUGGUGAGGAAGAUUAUGGUGUAUGCCAUGCUGAUGAUUUACAGUACCUUUUCCCUGUAGGAGACGGAUUAUUUCCAGAUAAAACACCAACCGAGUCAGACAAACAUGUUUCUAAGCUAUUCACUAGCUUAUUUGCUAAUUUUGCUCUUUCAGGGUAAAGUAUUAAAGUCAUAUACCGU